AAGUGUCAUGGCCGCCGGGUACUAAACACCUAACCAGAUAAAAUUGUAAUGUUCUAUUCAUUAUUUAAUAAUAUCACUGAUAUCAAACAAUAAAAGACAAAAAUAUGAAUUUCCUUGGCAGACAGUUUUUAAAAAUAAUACAAGAUGAGAUUAGAAGCCAAAGCAACGUGUGUGCAGUGAGAAGACUCUUUUCUUACAAAAGUGCUUUCUCCCUGGAAAAUUUAUAUCCAAAAAGCAAUAUGCGUCUAUACACGCCCAAUUUUGUCCCAGAAGAUCCAAACGCUAAAUUCAAUGGAUUUAUACCCUUAGACAAGAUAAAAGUUACAUACAGUUGCAGUAGUGGACCUGGUGGUCAAAAUGUUAAUAGAGUUAACACCAAAGUAGAUUUAAGGUUUCAUUUAAAAGAAGCAACGUGGCUUGACGAAGAAAUUAGAGAAAAAUUAUCCGAGCAGUGUAAGAAUAACAUAAACAAAGAAGGGUACCUAAUCAUCAAAUCGGAACUAACGAGAUCUCAACAGCUCAAUUUAGCCGAUGCACUUGAAAAGCUAAGAAAUUUGAUUAGAAAAACUAUGGUUGAACCACGUGAACGGUCAAGCGUAUUUUGGGAAAGAAUAAGAAAACUCCAGGUUCAAGCUGCUCAGCGCAGAGUUUUUGCGAAAAGAAUGCGAUCGCAAACAAGACAAGACAGAAGAGGAGCAGAUGUUUGAGUUGACUCAUAAAUUUGGAUUUUAAGAUUCACUUGUAAAAGAUAUUUCUGUACAAAUACACUUAAUUAGUAG